GGAGGAGACGGCGCUGGAGCCCAUGGACACGGCGUACCCCCGCGAGGACCCCCGGGCCCCGGCGCCCCGCAAGGCGGACGGCGCGGUGCACACGGCCCUGGCCGUCGGGGCGCCGAGGCCCCCGCCCCGGGACCACCUGCUCUGGUCGGUGUUCAGCACCCUCUACCUGAACCUGUGCUGCCUCGGCUUCCUGGCGCUGGCCUACUCCAUCAAGGCCCGAGACCAGAAGGUGGCUGGAGACCUGGAGGCGGCCCGGCGAUUUGGCUCCAAAGCCAAGUGCUACAACAUCCUGGCCACGAUGUGGGCGCUGGUGCCGCCUCUGCUGCUGCUGGCGCUGGUGGUGACUGGGGCGCUGCACCUGUCCCGGCUGGCCAAGGACUCUGCAGCCUUCUUUAGCACCAAGUUCGAGGACUCGGACUAUGACUGAUGGGCUGGGCCUUGUCCCCAUCCUGACCCAUGGACCCUGACCCCAGGACCACCCCCCAGGGCAGUGUCCCCAGGGACUCCAUCCUGUCCCCCCACCCCCGCCCAGAACCCUGACUCCAGCACAGGGCCUGAUGCCCCCUGCCACCCCAGCCUGGGUGCCUAACGCUGACCCUGAAGAUCCAUUGUGUGGACCCUGGUGGCCUCACUCCAACUGUGAUGCCCCCCCCCAACACUGUGCCCAGGCUGCACCCUCCUUCCUCGCCCAUCAG